UAUAUUUUUUCUCCAACUUUAUUUACAAACUUGUAAAUAUUCUCAACACAGCAAAUAAUCAGCUGACAGUACAGUUCAUUGUACAUGUAUAUAAAUACAUUCUCUAGAUGUAGAUGAUUGAAUAUUAGUUAUAAGGAAAAACUAAAACUAUGGACUAUAGGAAAAUAUGUCUAUACAGUCUAUAGUUCCCUAUAUAACAACACUAUUCCACAGUCCAAUGAUCUCAGAAUUAGAGAAUCCAAUUUAUCCUUUGAUCAACAGAGCUCUUAGAUUCAACUUUCUUUGAGGUUGCCAAAAGACCAAACACCCAAACCUCAGUAGCUGUUGAUGUCACAAACCUGAGACAUUUUAAAUGAAGGAAACACAAUAUAAUUUACUGGCAGGACUGUUCUGUGACGCCAUCCUCGAAGUUGAGGAUGUUCAGUUUCCAAUCCACAGGAUCACCCUCUAUGAAUGCAGCCUUUACUUCCAAGCUCUCUUUAAACUCCGUACAACCACAGGCCAGGUUUUCCACAUACCCCUCGUGUCUCCUGACAUCCUGCGGAUCAUCAUUGAGUUUGCAUACACUGGCUCUGUUGCUUCCACAGAGGACAACGUGCAGGAGUUGAUGAUGACAGCUGAUAUGCUCAACAUAGUUGGCAUAAUAAAAGCAUGCUCCCACUUUAUCGGUGAGCACCUCUGCCCACAGAACUGCGUUGGCAUCUGGCAGUUCACAAAUAUCUGCCACAGCUCCGAGCUGCGGUGCAAGGCCUUCCGCUACAUCAUCCAGCACUUUGAGGAGGUCGUUCCCUCUGAAGAGUUCCUGCAGCUCUCUGUGGAAGAGCUUACCGUAUUCAUUGGCAAAGAUGAACUUAAUGUGAGGAUUGAAAGUAUUGUGUUUGAAGCAAUCCUGCGCUGGAUCGCCCACAUACCCAGAGAACGAGAGCAACACAUUGCUGUGCUUUUGUCUCAGGUGCGGCUAGGCCUGACAAGCAAGGAGUACAUUGUGAACAAGGUGAUCACCAAUAUGCUGGUGCAGAACAACCUUGAGUGCAAGAAAAUAGAAAACAAGUCCCUCCAAAUGAUAUGGCACAAAAACUCACGCAGAUCCUUGCGGUCAGGUCUCAGUAACACUCUCGCCCGUCCUCGUGUGCCUAAUUCCGUCCUGUUGUCCAGUGGAGGCUGGAGCGACGGCAAUCCAAUCUGCGAUAUUGAGACGUACGAUUUCCCUGCUGACCUCUGGAUCAACAUCUCAGACAAGCUGGAGUAUCCUCGGGCCUAUCACGGCACAGUCUUCCUCAAUGGUUAUGUCUACUUUCUCGGUGGCUUUGACAGAGUGGAGUAUUUCAACAACGUGGUCAGGUUGGACCUGAGUACACACACCUGGCAGGAGGUGGCGCCAAUGCACUACCGCCGCUGCUACGUGAGCGUAACCGUGCUGAACGGGUUCAUCUAUGCCCUUGGCGGCUCUGACGGACUUGUUCGACUCAACACUGCAGAGCGCUACUGUCCCGAAACCAACCAGUGGACACUUAUUGCACCAAUGUACUUGCUGAGGAGUGACGCCAGCUGCACAGUACUGCAUGGCAAGAUAUACAUUUGCGGUGGUUUCACUGGGACCGAGUGCCUGCAGACGGCUGAAUAUUACGACCCAGAAAUCAACCAGUGGACAAUGACCAGCCCAAUGAGCACUAAUCGAAGUGGACUCAGUGCUACUGCAUAUAAUAACCAAAUCUAUGUAGUUGGUGGCUGUGACGGUCACUCCCGUCUGGCGACUGCUGAGACCUACAACUCCCAGACCAACACCUGGCACCAGCUGAGCCCCAUGUUGACUCGCCGUAGCAACUUUUGCCUCGAUGUGAUACAUGACAAGAUAUAUGUCGUUGGGGGCUAUGACGGCUCCGCCAUCACUCAAAUGGCAGAAGUCUAUAAUCCUCGCACUAACGUGUGGUAUGAAAUCUCUAUGCCAGAUAUCCCCCGCAGCGGAGCAAGCUCCUGUGUUGUGACCGGAAUCCUCAACAUGGCUGACUACACGUUAUCUCGAGACUCACUGCCAUAUUUAAAUUUGGACAUAUUUGACGAGAAUUCAUGGGACUCUGACUAACACUUUCUGAGGUUUCUGGUAUAACUACAGUAUUUCCUUGUUUAAAACUAGUCUUAUAUAGUCAAAUAAAUACCAGUAAGCGAGAACUGGGUAAGAUGAGCCACUUUUUACAUUUUAUGGUUUUACUGCAAAACAUUGAGUUUGGUUCUGCCAGAGGUUUCUUCCAGUUAAUGAGGGAGUUUUCCUCUCCACCGUCGCCAAAGUGCUGCUCAUUGUGGGAACCGUUCGGUUCUCUAUCAAAUAUUUGAGGUCUUGACCUUCUAUGUAAAGUGCCUGUACAAAUAAAAUUGAAUUGAAUCAAUUGUUUCA